AUGACUAAGGGUACACAGGCCUUCGGUAAGAAGCACGUAAAGUCGCAUACAUUGUGCAGGCGUUGUGGAAAGUCAAGUUUCCAUAUUCAAAAAAAGAGAUGUGCGUCGUGUGGCUAUCCUGACGCUAAGAAACGUAAAUACAACUGGGGAGCGAAGUCAAUCCGUAGAAGAACUACUGGCACCGGUCGCAUGCGUCAUCUUCGCAGUGUUCACAGGCGUUUCCGGUAA